AUGCGAAUAACACCCUCCCUUCUCAUCCGCUCCAAUCUGACAAAAAUGGCACUUCAUCCGCCCCAAAAAGCAGAUAAACUAAUAUUCGCACCAGCAAAUGACCAAACAAACUCCCAAGCGGACCAAUACACAAAAGGCGCACUCGAACGCUCACAGCUAGACCCUUCCCCCUUCACCCAAUUCCACAGCUGGUUCACGCACGCCCAAGCGAACGGCGUGCAUCAGCCCGAGACCGUAUGCCUCUCUACCGCCUCUCUGCCCUCAGGCCGCGUGUCAGGUCGCAUGGUGUACCUGAAAGAACUAGACAGCACGGGCUUCGUGAUCUACAGCAAUUUCGAAACGAGCAAGAAAGCGCGAGAUGUCGAGGGAAAUAAAUGGGCAAGUUUGACGUUCUGGUGGAGGGAGCUGGAGAGGCAGGUCAGGGUUGAGGGGACAGUGGAACGGCUGAGUAGCGAGGAGAGCCAGGUUUAUUUUGACACGAGGAUUCACGGAAGUCGGGUCGGCGCGUGGGCCAGUCGCCAGUCGCAGGUUAUCGCGGACAGAAGCGUGCUUGAGGACUGGGUGGGGAAGGCGGAGAAGCGGUUUGAGGGCGAGGAACGAAUACCCGUGCCGGAGCAUUGGGGCGGUCUGAGGGUGAAGCCCGUAGAGGUAGAGUUUUGGCAGGGGAGGCAGAGUCGGUUGCAUGAUCGGUUCGCGUAUAGGAAAGGGGAAGGUAAGGAUGGGCAUGGGGAUGGGGAGUGGACAAUUGAUAGGUUAAGCCCGUAA